AUGUUCUCCACCUUGGGGAAGCUCUUCAGCUUUAAGAAAGAGCCAAAAACCCCUUUGGGGUUUUGUGACGGCCCGAGCAUUGGAAAGGGGAGCUUGUCCUGUUGUGACUGUCGCACGGAGGAUAGGUACGCACAGCCUUAUGACCCUGAGAAUAAAUUCCAUGAAGCGGUUUGUGAAGGAAGGAGCAAGGUGAUGAUGCGCCUUCUGUCUAAGAAGAAGUUUCACGUAAAUGACAAGGAUGAAAGGAAUCGAACUGCACUCCAUUUCGCCUGCUUUUAUGGCCAUCUGCAUCUGGUUAAUUUCCUUUUACAUAAUAAAUGCAACGUAAAUGCACUUGAUGAUCAAAAGUGCACACCACUAAUGAAGGCUGUACAAAGCUGGGAGACAAAGAUUGUUUCUGUUCUCCUUGAUAACAAAGCAGAUCCCAAUAUUAAAGAUUCUAAGGGAGAAACAGCAUUACAUCAGGCAGUGUAUGUAAACAAGCCAGAGAUUGCCACUAUUGCCACCAGUCUUCUUGAAUUUGGGGGAAACAUUGAGGAAACUACAAAGGAUGGAUUUACACCUCUGCUGCUAGCACUCAGAGAAAGGAAACUUCUCAUGGCUAAACAUUUAAUAAAUCAUGGUGCAAACAUUUAUGCACGUGAUGACUUUCAAAGAACAACGCUCAUGUAUGCAGUUAAAUGGGAUUCUGAGGAUAUUGUUGAGCUGUUACUGAAGAAAGGUAUGGACCACUCCACAAAGGAUGCAUUUGGGUGGAGUUCACUGCAGUAUGCCAUGGCAGGAAAACGCAAAGUGUCUUGUCUAAUUGUAGUUCUCAUUGCUUCUUGUAUUUUGCAAGACAUUCCUGAGAAUAUUCUGGAAAAUGGUGCAGAUGACUUACCAAUGGCUUCCGAGCAAUACAGAAAUGUAGAAGCCCAAGAAGGCUGUGUAGGUGGGGGCUGGGCACCUUAUGGUCACUUCUUGUACUUUGACUAA